AUGAAUGUGGCAGCAGGCUGCAGGAAGGGCAAUGUGAGCAGUAACCUCAUCAAGCCCACUUGGAUCCCAUUCAGCUCCACCAGGUCUGGAGAAGGGCAUCUGUCCUUUUCCCUGCGUCUAAUGAAUGAUGACUGGCUUACAGAGCACCCUUCCACUGUCUACUUGCUGGGAGACCUCAUGCACAUUGAGGUGUCUGUUUCAAUGGACGACCACAUGCCCCUGAAGCUGUACAUUGACCACUGGGUAGCUACACUGAGCCCAGACAAGGACUCCAGCCCCAGAUACAGUGUCAAUGACUACAAUGGUUGCCUUGUGGACAGCCCAGCUGAGGACUCCUUUUCGACCUUUGUGUCGCUGAGAAACCAGCGGGAGUCGGACAAGCUCAGGUUUGACCUGGAUGCCUUCCGCUUCUAUGGAGAUGAGCGUUCCUUGAUUUUCAUCACCUGUCACCUGAAAGUUGCUGCAGUGGAUCAGGGAGAUUCCAGGAACAAAGCUUGUACCUUCCAGAAGCAGCACAAGAUGAGUGUCCCCCACUCCAUGCCCCUUAGUGAUGUUGUUGGAGAGGGAGUGAAGCUGGAUUGA